CAAGCUGCAAACUUUACAAAAUUAUAUGUGUCACAAAAAAAAAUUGUUUCCUAUACAAAUAUAUGUACUAUAUAUAAUUUGUCGGCUGAACGGAACUAACAAUUCAGAGUGCAUAAAAUAUGUCGCUACUUAAACUAAUGCAAUUCCAGUUACCCUUUGCAAAAGGGAAUCUCAAUAUAUAUGCGGCCGCCAGACUGAUCCGCCCUUUACUGAGGAGUCCCAUUGCCCAAGUUGUCAUUUCCUUUGCGGUUGGGUAUUUUGCAACUACGAAGAUUGCCCAGAUCUAUGCACUAUUCACAAGGCAAGCUGAUAGAAGUGCCUCGAAAGUGGACUAUCCUUCACAACUGGCCACUGAUUGCCGGGACAGUCGGGCUAUACUCAAAGACCGACUGCCUCAAAAGUGCGAGGCUCUGCGGCUCACCCGUCGACAGUUGACGGCCUACGACGGAAUGCGAGACAGCCAACCCAUUUACACGGCGCUUAAUGGUAACAUUUAUGACCUCAGCUCAUCGCGGGAUACUUUUUUGGGGCCGGGACCCUACUCUCUUCUGGCGGGCUGCAAUGCCAAUCAUGUGCUUAAUAUUGCAUGCGGCUCCAUGGGCGUUUGUACCGACGAUGUCCUCCAAAGAUGGGAACGUAGUCUGAAUGCCGAGUUCAAUAUCAUUGGCUACUUGACUGACAGCGAUGGCUCCGAAAGUGACGACAACGAAAGCGACGUCUCAACUAUUGUGAGUAAGCGGAGUCAGGAGCAUCAGGAUUCUAAUCACGAAUCCAAUUAUUGUUAGGGUCCGGAUUUUAGUUAGCUUUUCCCUAAAACACAAC